CCAGCCGGACGCCCCUUCUGGCAUACUCCUGGGGCAAGCGCGAGCGCACACUCCCCUUUCCUCGCUGGCGCACCCGCUCCCCUCGCUCUUCUUAGAUCGCCCCCUCGUUCUCUCGCUCUCCACGGACUCCCUUCGGGUGCUGCGCUCGCUCCCACCUGCUCUAAAGCACCCUCCGCUCUCGGACGCUCCCAAUUCCGCGCUGCUGCUCGAAGGCGGGACAGUCGCAGCCUCGGCAGGCAGCUUGCCCUCGGGGCUGCGGCUUCAACCCAGCCCCCUCCCUCGCUACUGCUCGGGCGCUCUUGACGCCCGACCCUCGCCUCUGAGCCCGAGAACGGCGAUCAGACCAUGGUGACAGCGCUGCUCCGUCGCUGCGCUCGCUGAGACCAUGCCGGGUUCCCGACGCGUCCGUCCGCGCCUAAGGGCGCUGCUGCUGCUACCGCCGCUGCUGCUGCUCCGGGGCGGCCACGCGGGCGACCUGACCGUGGCCGUGGUGCUGCCGCUGACCAACACCUCGUACCCGUGGUCUUGGGCGCGUGUAGGGCCGGCCGUGGAAUUGGCUCUCGGGAGGGUGAAGGCUCGGCCAGACUUGCUGCCGGGUUGGACGGUCCGUAUGGUGCUGGGCAGCAGCGAGAACGCGGCGGGCGUCUGCUCCGACACCGCCGCACCGCUGGCCGCGGUGGAUCUCAAGUGGGAGCACAGCCCCGCGGUGUUCCUGGGCCCCGGCUGCGUGUACUCUGCUGCCCCAGUGGGGCGCUUCACCGCGCACUGGCGGGUGCCGCUUCUGACGGCUGGCGCCCCGGCUCUGGGCAUCGGGGUGAAGGAUGAGUACGCGCUAACCACCCGCACAGGACCCAGCCAUGUCAAGCUGGGCGACUUCGUGACGGCGCUGCAUCGACGGCUGGGCUGGGAGCACCAGGCGCUGGUGCUCUAUGCAGAUAGGCUGGGCGACGACCGGCCGUGCUUCUUCAUAGUGGAGGGGCUGUACAUGAGGGUGCGUGAGCGACUCAACAUCACAGUCAAUCACCAGGAGUUCGUCGAGGGCGACCCGGACCACUACACCAAGCUACUACGGACCGUGCAGCGCAAGGGCAGAGUUAUCUACAUCUGCAGUUCUCCGGAUGCCUUCAGGAAUCUGAUGCUUUUGGCCCUGGAUGCUGGCCUGACUGGGGAGGACUAUGUUUUCUUCCACCUGGAUGUGUUUGGGCAAAGCCUUCAGGGUGCUCAGGGCCCUAUUCCCAGGAAGCCUUGGAAAAGAGAAGAUGGGCAGGAUAGGAGAGCCCGCCAGGCCUUUCAGGCUGCCAAAAUUAUUACUUACAAAGAACCCGAUAAUCCUGAGUACUUGGAAUUCCUGAAGCAGCUAAAACUCUUGGCUGACAAGAAGUUCAACUUCACCAUGGAGGAUGGCCUGAAAAAUAUCAUCCCAGCAUCCUUCCAUGAUGGGCUCCUGCUCUAUGUCCAGGCAGUGACAGAGACUCUGGCACAGGGGGGCACUGUCACUGAUGGAGAGAACAUUACUCAGCGGAUGUGGAACCGAGGUUUCCAAGGUGUGACAGGAUACCUAAAAAUUGAUAGAAAUGGAGAUCGGGACACUGAUUUCUCCCUCUGGGAUAUGGAUCCUGAGACAGGUGCCUUCAGGGUUGUCCUGAACUUUAAUGGUACUUCCCAGGAGCUGAUGGCUGUGUCAGAACACAGAUUAUACUGGCCUCUGGGAUACCCACCUCCUGACAUCCCUAAAUGUGGCUUUGACAAUGAGGACCCAGCCUGCAACCAAGACCACUUUUCCACACUGGAGGUUCUGGCUUUGGUGGGCAGCCUCUCUCUGAUUAGCUUUCUGAUUGUAUCUUUCUUCAUAUACAGGAAGAUGCAGCUGGAAAAGGAGCUGGUCUCAGAGUUGUGGCGGGUGCGCUGGGAGGACUUGCAGCCCAGCAGCCUGGAAAGGCACCUUCGGAGCGCUGGCAGCCGGCUGACCCUGAGUGGGCGAGGCUCCAAUUAUGGCUCCCUGCUAACCACGGAGGGCCAGUUCCAAGUCUUUGCCAAGACAGCAUACUAUAAGGGCAACCUCGUGGCUGUGAAACGUGUGAACCGGAAACGCAUUGAGUUGACCCGAAAAGUCCUGUUUGAACUUAAACAUAUGCGGGAUGUGCAGAAUGAGCACUUGACCAGAUUUGUGGGUGCUUGUACCGACCCUCCCAACAUCUGUAUCCUCACAGAGUACUGUCCCCGUGGGAGCCUACAGGACAUUCUAGAGAAUGAGAGUAUUACCCUGGACUGGAUGUUUCGGUACUCACUCACCAAUGACAUUGUCAAGGGAAUGCUCUUUCUACACAACGGGGCCAUUGGUUCCCAUGGGAACCUCAAGUCAUCCAACUGCGUGGUAGAUGGACGUUUUGUGUUAAAGAUCACAGACUAUGGGCUGGAGAGCUUCAGAGACCCGGAGCCAGAGCAAGGACACACCCUCUUUGCCAAAAAACUGUGGACUGCACCUGAGCUCCUGCGAAUGGCUUCGCCACCUGCCCGUGGCUCCCAAGCUGGGGAUGUCUACAGUUUUGGUAUCAUCCUUCAGGAAAUUGCCCUAAGAAGUGGGGUUUUCUAUGUGGAAGGUUUGGACCUCAGCCCAAAAGAGAUCAUUGAGCGUGUGACUCGGGGCGAGCAGCCCCCAUUCCGACCUUCCAUGGAUCUGCAGAGCCACCUGGAGGAACUGGGACAGCUGAUGCAGAGGUGCUGGGCAGAGGAUCCCCAGGAGCGGCCACCCUUUCAACAGAUCCGCCUGGCGCUGCGCAAGUUCAACAAGGAGAACAGCAGCAACAUCCUGGACAACCUGCUAUCACGCAUGGAACAGUACGCCAACAACCUGGAGGAACUGGUAGAGGAGAGAACACAGGCUUAUCUGGAGGAGAAGCGCAAAGCUGAGGCCUUGCUUUACCAGAUUCUGCCUCACUCUGUGGCUGAGCAGCUGAAGAGAGGCGAGACAGUCCAGGCUGAGGCCUUUGAUAGUGUUACUAUCUACUUCAGUGAUAUCGUGGGCUUUACAGCUCUUUCAGCAGAGAGCACACCCAUGCAGGUGGUCACCCUGCUCAAUGAUCUGUACACCUGUUUUGAUGCUGUCAUAGACAACUUUGAUGUGUACAAGGUAGAGACCAUUGGUGAUGCUUACAUGGUGGUAUCAGGGCUCCCAGUGCGGAAUGGACAGCUCCAUGCCCGAGAGGUAGCCCGAAUGGCACUUGCACUGCUAGAUGCUGUACGCUCCUUCCGCAUCCGCCAUAGGCCCCAGGAACAGCUGCGCUUGCGCAUUGGAAUUCACACAGGUCCCGUAUGUGCUGGUGUCGUAGGGCUAAAGAUGCCCCGAUACUGCCUCUUUGGAGACACAGUCAACACAGCUUCAAGAAUGGAGUCUAACGGGGAAGCCCUCAGGAUCCACUUGUCUUCGGAGACCAAGGCUGUGCUGGAAGAGUUCGAUGGUUUUGAGCUAGAGCUCCGAGGUGACGUGGAAAUGAAGGGCAAAGGCAAGGUUCGAACCUAUUGGCUUCUUGGGGAGCGGGGAUGCAGCACUCGAGGCUGAUCUACUGCCCGGCUGUUCUUUGUCACCUUCCCUCCCUGUGCCAGCGAUGACACACGUGUCCAGCUUCCGCCUCUCCCACAGCAGCUCAGCCACUGUGGAAAGAUUAGGGACCCUGACCAGCGCAGUCAUCAGAUGUGACCUCUGAGAGAGGAUGGAGAUGGUGGGGACUGGAGGGGGACCUCCAAGUUUAUAGGGCUGACUGAAAUACCUAGUCACUCCCCUAGCACAUGCCCUGCCCCCCACCCCCCUCAGCUGCCUAGCCUGAUAGUGAUUCCUUCUCCACCCUCAACUUAGCUCCACUGUGACUUAGAGGGAGGGAAAUUGCCACCUGAAGGAAAGAGAGAGAAAGAGAUUCUCAGGGUUUGCAGGAGGCAGGCAGUCCUGUGUCACAAAUACUCCCCUCACUCCCAGUCCACCACCUGCCCCACCGACUUCCGACUUCCCUUCCCUUCCCACACAGUGCACUGAGGAGAAGAGAGGCAUGGGGUUGCCUUGCUUCUCCUAUGAGCAAAAACCAUUAAAGUCUUUAUUCCUGU